CCGGAGGUCCCUUCACCGCUCUUGUAUUACUUAGCACUUAGCUAGCUUCACUUUCUCCACGCCUCAACAUUCGGUCCGCACCCGCUCGCCCUCUACCCACGCGACACAGCUUCAAUUCACUCUCCAGCCAGCGUCCACGGCCUGCGCUGUCCGACCACGCCGCUCUCCGCCGCAUCUGUCUUGUGACGACACCACCGCCAGUCAGCCGCCCUCACCCAAGGGCAUCCUCUGAGUUCACGGAGCCCGCGUUGCUACUGCUCAGCAUCGCCGUCCGCAGCUGCUGCCGCCUAGCACGACCCUCAGCCGCCGUCUGCCAUGGGCUGUCCACGCCCGGCUCUUCACUCCGUCCGAGUCCACCAGCCGUACUACUACGGCUCCUUCAAUACCUGCUAAGAGAGCUUCAUGGAGGGCUGCUCCCCGGUGCAGACAUGCUGGGCCAGUUCUUUAGCAACCGCAAAGGUGUUGGAGCGCCACACCCGUCACCAAGCACUACGCUCGACUCUGCCACCGAAGAGUCUCAUACACGACACCUGCUCUAUCCCGAAACGAACACCCUCUAUCACCACGAAAGCCAACCGUACCCGCUGCACGGAGCGUCCCUCACCUUAGGGAGCGGCUAUGACGGUCCGCAGCCGGAGAUCGAUCUGGAGUUCCCGCGAGACUGCAGAAUCAUAAUAGCCCAAGAUGAAUCUGGUCCCAUGCCCCGGACUAUCCUAUUCGAUUCGAAGCCCAGUCCGCCGCGCACUGAAUCGCCCACCCAGCCAAAUGCGAGGGCGAGAGUGUUUGGUGCUGCUGGGGGUGUCAACACCGCUGGCCCAACAUUCGGCGGCUUGCAUGCCCGCAGGUCCUCGCUCGUGACAGAGUCGACGGCACCUCGGUCACCCACUGUGGGCGCCUUCACACGUGCUCGGAUACGCGGCAACUCCAUCUCCUCGAUGCCUAAUAUUGACGAGCACUCCCAGGCACAAGCACAUGCCCAAGCUCGAGCGAAAGAGUCUAUGGAUGUAGUGAACAUUUGCUUAGACUGCAUGUUUGGGAAUACGCCACUGAACUACCGGGGCAAUUCUAAUAAGCUUCAUAUUGUACCGCUUGAUUCUAGACCUGCCGAUCCCCCCCCGCUUACCCCAAAUUUGCACGAUGCUACGGUUUCUCUGGGAAGAUCUGAAGGGUUUCGGAGGAGAAGUCACUUGGCCAAAUCCUUCACACCAUCGAAUCUGCCUCCAGAGCUUCCCAGACCAGCCCUAGAAUCCACCGAGACUGCAUCGAAGGAACCUCGGAGGCGCACCAUAUUCAUUACCCGCAUGUUUUCUGUCACUCUCCCAGAGGACGAUCAGGACUCGUCUAAUUCUCGUACCCCAACGCCCCAGAGCUCGCUGGGAAAGGCCAAUGGAUUCCCUUUCCCUCGAACCGGAGGGAAGCCCGUGACCCAGAAACUCCCUCAGCCCCCUCAGGUGCGGAAAACACCCAUGUACGCCAUCACUAUCAUCCUCCAUCUUCCGGUGGCUUCGUCACCCUCGACCAUGCGUCCUCCCUCUCGACCUGGCCCUGUGAAAGGAGGGAGUCACGCAUCUACUUCUAAUCCUGGUCAUGACUCUCUUGGAUCUUCUUUGGAUUCGGACCGUCGUGCGGGAUGGGCGAUCAUUGACUCUAAUUUCGGCGUUGAGUCACUUCUGUCCACGUCGUUGAACAGCGAUGUCGAUGACCGUGUGGAUGUUAUUGGUCAGCAUUGGGAUGUCAUCACACGCACUCUCACUAGCCUCCAAUAUGUCGUCCAGGAGCGGAUCCUUGCCCACUUCAAGAUGGCGGAAACAACUUCACCACCAGUCCUCCAACAGCCUCGCAUUCAGCCACCUCGGUCAACCAGCAGAGAUGCUCCUCUUCAGCCGCCUCGUCGAGCCUUGAGGUUGCAGCCUAACGCCCUUGCACUUGACCCAGAUAUUAGGAAGGCAGUGGAACGAGCAGGGAACCGCGUUGUGAGCGGGAUGAGAAUUCCUCGGGUACUGACGGGUCAAGGGAAAUGGGGCGUGUGGCGCGAAGAAGCAAGAUGGCUUGGCAGAUGGGCGGGGCGACGGGAGGAGAAUUUCUUCUUCUUUAACCUGCUGACUGCAUUCCUUGGAAAUCAUACGGAAUGGCUUAACCACCUAGGACCGAAAUGGCACAAAAAACGCCACCGAGAGCAGCAGAAGUCGAGUGCUGGUGAGAACCUUACCAUCUCGAAUCGGACGGUGAUUGUUUCCCCAGACAAGAUGGCCGCCCGAAGGCUAAUAUUCCUUCUUGCUGCAUUUUUACCGUCGAACUCCUCAACCUUGUAUGAUGGGGCUUCUCCCAUGCGGCCAAGCACAUCCGCGUCGCUCCGUGCGUAUUCACAGUCGCCUCCAACGAAUAUGCCUCCAUCAAGAAAGCAUUCCUUGCGCCGCCAAAUCAAUCGCCGGCCGCGAGGUAAGCAAAGCUUGACUAAUAUGCGGCUACAGCCACCUGCGUUGAACGGAACAAGUCUUUCAACUCUAGAAUCUGCGAACGGCAGAUCUGAUUCAAGUGUGGCCGAAUUCCCAGAGGCACCCCGACACUCUCGUCGGUCAUCAGCUCACUCCAUACGUACCAGCUUGGUGAUUCCAUCCAUGUCCGAUAGUGCUACCACAACGAAGAGCAGUACUGCUACCAUCUCGAAUACUGAUCCACAAGACACGGUACCCGUUGCGCACUUCACAGUCCCUCGUACGAAGUCAUUUGGGCCGUCUCCCGAAUAUAGACCUGAAAGCAGCGAAAGCCUUGCCUCCGCUAACUUGAUUCAUACUCUACAACGAAGUGGCACAGGGUAUACUAGUAGCCCUAGCACCGACUCUGGGAAUACGAGUCGAUGGGGAAGCUUCAUGAGCUUCUGGAGUGGUGGGCGGCGUGAAUCAACUACUGAUCAGAGCGACAUUCUUCAGACCACAGAUGAUGGCCUCGGAACCGGCAGCAUGGGGUAUCGGCCAUCUGAGCACCCUCGCUCACAGCUCGAGCAGAUGGUCCAAGAGCUCUCAAUGGAGCAAGAACUCUUCGGAGAUGGUGCUGAUGUUUACGAUCCUUCCAUUAUGAGCAACAUCAUGACCGCCGAAAGCUCCCCUGAGACGCAUCCAAUCGGUGGAUCCAGCGGUGUCACUCCCUCCGCAGCUCGGCCGAUUCCUGAGCGACCCCGGCAGUUUGACUCGGCCCUGAAAUUAUCAGUGAACGAGAAGGAUGGGGUGAUCGAUGUUGACAUACCCCUUCCUGAUUUUGGCUCUCCGUUACAAUCACCACUCUUGGGUGGCUAUCCAUCAGCAUCUAGCCAACACGGUUCCAGCUUCGGUGAAUCGUCAGUUUUCUCUAUUCCCUACUGCGAGCCUGAUCAACCUGUCAAUGCUGCCGGAUGGCUGAAGCAAUUUCAUCCUGACUUUGCGGUUCAAGCCAUAAAGCCGUAUGCCGACCUGGACCGUGACAUCAAGAGAGCUAUGAGUGCUGAGCCGACACCAAUCUCAUCAACUGCAACCUCAACUUUUGAACAAGGUCCGCUUGAGCGCUGGGUUGAUGUGUGCUCAGCUUUGGUAGCAGAUACUCGGAGCUUCAGCAUUAAACGCAUUCGGUUACGUAGACUUGUGAAGAUGAUUCCCACACCAACGUUCCAACAACCAGCAUUGACUCCUGGCUUAUCUGGGAUUCCAGGUCGCUCACAGUAUGGCAAUCCGUACAGUGCGCCCGGGACUAUUAGUGCUCCAACCAUGACUGAGCUUCAUCUGAAGGAGGAAUUCAUUGAAGAACCAAUCAUGGACUUUGAUGCAACUUUGACCGACGCAGUCGAUCGCGUGCUCGCACAAUCUGGGCAAGCCUCCCGUGUUGAGUCGGCUAGCUCGUCCAGGUCAAGCUCUAGACGCGGAAGGCGGGACACACGAUCUGGUUCUGAUGUCGGGCAUAACACCGAGGUUGCACAAAUCGAUUGCAAGGGAAUCAUUUUCGACGCCCUCGAGUCCGUCGUCAAGAAUGUCACCGCAGAGCGUAAUAUGAAGGAGGAUUUAAAGCAAAUAUCCCAUGAGGACAAGAAAUCGAGCCGUGAUACCCUUACUAGGACAGCAACCGAUUCCUCUUUAAAAGAGGGUAUUCGGCGAUGGCUAUCGGAAGUAGAGUGAGUGAGAUUUUCUUCUCUCAGUUGUGGUCGGUAGAUCUCUCUUUUCUAUUGUUCUAGAGUCCAGACUCCCUUCUUGCGUCUUAUGGCGCGACGAUAGCUUUCGAGCACGUCA